AUAAAAUUGAUGAGACAAACUGAAUAAUAAGCAAAUGCAUUGAAUAGAGAAUUCAAAACAAGUUUACAUAAAAUCAAAUAAGAAUUAAAGGAAUAAAUUCCAGAAGAAAUUACCUAAAAUCCUCAUUUAUAAAUAUAAUUAAAGGAUUACAGAAAAUCAAAUAGUAAUCAAUAAUAAAACACUAUCUAUGGAUCUGAUACGCUUGUUAGUUUAUUUUAAGAAAGAAAUAGAUUAAAACAAAGCAAAUUGUAAAAAGAUAGAAUAAAUGAUUUUACAAGAAAGCUCUGA